AUGCCCUCCGUGCGCAGUCUCUUUCUGCCCCGCGCUGCUGUCUAUGACCGCAUCACGAGGUCCGCUAUUGCGCGUGGGGUCUCUUCGACCGCACAGACGAACGAGGCGACAGUAGCGACCAGUGCCGAUGGCCACCGGCUGACACAAGUGGCAGAGCUCGUCACGGAACAGGCGGUGCGCGUCACGUUCGAAGACGGCGCCAGUGCCAAGUUCCACAAGCUGUGGCUGCGUGACCACUGCAGCUGCGUGCACUGCAGGCACCCGGACACGCGGCAACGUCAAGUGGACACGGCGUCGAUCCCACUAAACGCAGAGGUCCGUCGGUGUGAAGUGACGACCGCCGGCGGAGCGCUCGCCAUUGAUUGGGGCGCACCGGUGCGCGGGACGACGUGCACGACCAGUGAAUUCGAAGCCGAGUGGCUGCGUACGUACGCGUAUGCACUCGAAGGAGGAGCUGAGAAGCCGUUGGCAUCUCCGUAUCCACAGGCGUAUCGUCAGCCGUGUCUGACGACAAAGAAGUUGUGGGCUGGCGAUGGCUUUCGACUGCCGACACACACUUACACAGCGUCUGUGGACAACAUUGAGCCGGUGAUGCGGGACCUCUAUGCCUACGGCCUCGUGCGUGUGGCUGACACGCCGAGCUCCAUGGACGACACUGAGAAGCUCGCGACGAAGAUUGGGUUUGUCUUGCGCACGAUCUAUGGCACUAUGUGGACAACGCGACCGACGGACGAGGCCGAGAGCUACAACGACACGGCCUCGUCGGACCUGGAGCUGCUGCAUCACACCGACGGCACGUACAUGCGUGAACCGCCUGGGCUGCAGAUCUUCAAUUGUGUCGCUCAGGCGGGUACGGGCGGUGCAAGUCGCUACGUGGACUCCUUUUACGUCGCGGAGACGCUGCGAACCGAAGACCCGGACGCGUAUCGAGUGUUGAGUUCGACGGCGCUGCCGUACUUUGCUGUGGACACCGACGCGCACUUGGCCACGAUGGAGCCGCUGAUCCGCGUUGACCACGCUGGGAACAUUGUCCAGUUUCGCCUCAACGACUAUGACCGUGCACCGCUGACACACUUGAGUUUUGCCGAGGUAGGCGCCUUUUACCAGGCGCACCGCAAGCUGCUCGAGAUCAUGCGUCGCCCCGAGAUGGAGUUUCGCACGAAACUGCAGGUCGGUGACAUGAUGAUCGUGGACAACCAGCGAGUGACGCACGGCCGCGACGCCUUCAGUGGCGGCGACCGCGCUCUGAUCGGGUGCUACAUUGGUCGGACGGAAUACGAGAGCCGCUUGCGGGUGCUGGGCAUCAUUUAG